AUGGGCGAUCAGCAGGGACAGAGCGCUGGGCAUCUCGUCUCCCCACUUCUUCCUCCUCCUGCUCCAACGCGCACACUGAAGGCCAACGAGGGUCCCCUGGUCUGGAUCGAUUGCGAGUGAGUAGCGCACACGUCGCGCCUGCAGUCAUGCCUUCUACAUCGCGCUUCCAUCCUGCUUGGCUGCAGCAUAGCACGAAGCCUACGAGCUCAAGAUUAACUCGUCUUGGCUUGAUACAGGAUGACCGGCCUCGAUCCGCGAACAGAGAGGAUCAUAGAGAUUGCUUGCAUCAUCACUGACGGGCAACUCAAUGAGCUGGACGAAGGCGUAACUUACGUGAUCAAGCAAGACAAGGCCGUUCUGGACGCCAUGGGAGAGUGGUGCGUGAGUAGCCUGCAGAUCGUUGAACACGCUACCACCACCUAGUCCAGUCGAACCACGCUCGCUCAUCUUUCCCCUCCUCUCCUCAACCUCUCUCAGACUCGUCAACAUGGUCAAGUAAGCCAAAGCCAUGCUCGUCGUGCAAUGCAAGGCUGCCUUUGCUAGCUCGUUCAGUCCGACUGACAAGCUCGCUCGUGCAAAAAUCCAUACAGUCCGGUCUCACUGCAGCUUGCCUCUCUGCCCAAGCUCUGGCGCACGCCGAUGUGAGAGCGGCAAUACUGACCUACGUCAAGGAGCGCAUUCCACAAGCUCGUGUGGCGUGUCUGGCCGGAAAUACGGUGCACGCAGAUGCCGCUUUUCUCAAGGGCGAAAUGCCAGAGGUGCGUUUUUUGCCUCUCAAGCUGUCUGACCAGCCGUGGAAAAGCCGGCGACGAGCUCCCUGAGCUCAUCCUGGCAAUGAUUUCACAUUCGCUUCACACAGCUCAUGCAACACCUACACUACCGCAUUGUUGACGUGAGUCUUUCUCACGUCUCUACGCCUCGCCCGCCUCGUCGCUGAAUGCGCACUUUCCACUCGCAAAAGGUAUCCACCAUCAAAGAGCUCGUGUCACGUUGGUACGGCCCGCAGAGCAGAUGGCAGGGCGGCAAAGGCGAGCACAGAGCUUUGGAAGACAUCAGAGGCUCCAUAGCCGGUGCGUACGCCUUCGCGCUCGUGCUCGAAGUUCGAUUCGCUAAGCACCUGCGGCCCGUUUUGCAGAGUUGCGCCAUUAUCGCGAAGAACAUUUCAUACCAAAACUUUUCAACUGA